CCAAAACAGGAAAUCAUGAUGCUCGGCGUAGUGGCGGCAUCCUCGGCUUCUUCUACACUACAACGCACAACCCCACCUUCUUAGCCGCUGCAACAUCAUCAGCAACCUCAUCAGAGAUAAUAGCAGCCGCAAUUCGUCAUGUUGGAAGGCUUCAUCCCAUUUUCUGUAGUCACACAAGAGUCGCCGAGCGUCACCAUCGCCGGCGUCCAAAGCGCUGAAUCGUCUCUGCCGCCGCUGCUGCUGCUCCAUGGCUUCCCGCAGACAUACCACAUGUGGCACACCGUUGCGCCACAGCUUGUCGACAAGUACAAUGUGAUUAUCCCUGAUAUUCGCGGAUACGGCAGCUCCUCCAAGCCAGACGGCGUCGAGGCAUACGCCAAGAGUGCCAUGGCUCGGGACAUGGUGGUACUCAUGGACAAGCUCGGCUACAAAGACGAGCAAUUCUACGUCUGCGCGCAUGACCGUGGUGCUCGCGUCGCUCACAAGUUGUGUGUUGACCACCCUACCCGAGUCAAGGCCGCCAUUCUGUUGGAUAUUUGCCCGACAUUGGCCAUGUACGAAGCGACCAACUUGGACUUUGCAAAGGCGUACUUUCACUGGUUCUUCCUCAUCCAGGCGGCGCCCAUGCCCGAGCUUGCUAUUCUUGGCGCCGGGCAGAAAUUCUCAGAGUUGUACUUUGGUGCCCGUCAGGGAGACUCGCUCACCAUCUUUACGGAAGAGUGCUUCCAGAUUUACUCUGCUGCGCUUCGAGACGAGCCAACGGUACAUGCCAUGUGUAAUGACUAUAGGGCGGCAGCAACGGUGGAUAUGGAAGAGUCUCGCGAGGACUUGAAGAAUGGUAGACUGAUAAAGUGUCCAUUGCGUGUUAUUUGGGGAAAGAAGGGUGUUAUUGAGGCCAUGUUUGAUGCCGUCAAGGAGUGGCAGGCUGUUAGCGAUGCUUCCAUCAAGGUGGAGGGUUAUGCGGUGGAAUCUGGGCAUUAUGUGCCAGAGGAGAGGCCAGAUGAUGUCGUCAAAGCAAUUUGCGAGUUUCUGUGUUAACACGUUCAAAGAUUAAUUGUGCUUCAACAUUAACAAUAAAAUAUUUACACAAUUUAACAGUAUAUAAAAGUCAAGUAUUUCUGUACGCUUAGGUAGGCGUCCCAGACGGUACACGCGAGGCGUCAUGCGGAUGACAACCAGUUCUGAUUAAUCGCAGCUUGCCUCAAUUUCCCAAUAAAAGUCUAAGAAUUGUACUAGUAGAGGUUUACUUGAGAACAUUUUACUAUUAUUUUCUCUUCUUU